CUGCCUUUGCCUCCUCCCUCCCAUGCGGCACGCGUUCUUGCGUGUUUGCACCCCCUCGCAUCUCGUAUUCCCCCGUGUUCGCGUUACAUCCUUCAUAUCCUACAGACCAUCAAGAUUAAACCAUUCUAGCUCGCGUCCAAACCUACCAAUAUCCUUAACCCCCCAUUCUGCUCCCUUCCCCGCCCGGACGCAUACCUGUGGCACACUUUCUACUCGUGACGUUGGUUCCCGUGUCGUUCUAACUGGCUGGCUCCUUCCAGAGCGUCAAGGGAAACUUGUCUCUUUUUUCCCCCUCAAAGAUUCUUCCGGAACUGUCCAACUCGUUCUCAGCCGUUCCGACCCUAAGCCCGAGCUACAAGCUCUCAAGCAUGUUCCCGUCGAAUCUUCUGUCUUGAUACAGGGAAGGGUCCUUUUAAGGCCUCCCAGUGCCCGACGGUCUGGUACGACGGGCGAGAUUGAUGUUCAAGUGGAAAGUUUUAUUCUAUUGAACCCUGCCGAUCCGGCCAUGCCAUUUCUACCAUCAAAUCCCUAUAAUCUUCCCAAUGAAGAGUUGAGACUGAAGUACCGUCACCUCGAUCUUCGUAGGUCAGUCCUCACGGAAAACCUCGCAAAACGGAGUAAGGUCGCACACUCGGUCAGAAACUUUCUUUACGAUGAAGGUUUCGUGGAGGUGGAAACUCCGAUUCUUCUUCGGUCCUCUGUAGAAGGCGCCCGCGAGUUCUUAGUCCCAACUCGAACAAACAACCUCGCAUCAAAUUCUCCUGCCUUUUACGCGUUGCAACAAUCUCCCCAACAACCAAAACAACUCCUCAUAGCUGCGGGAGCGGUCGACCGCUAUUUUCAAAUAGCGAAAUGCUUCAGGGACGAAGACGGUCGCAAAGACCGGCAGCCAGAAUUCACUCAAAUCGAUUUGGAAAUGGCAUAUGUAUCGUGGGGUGGCGAGAACUCGAAAAACGACCUAAAAUCUUCAUGGCCUCGUGAUUGGCGCAUCGGGGCCUCUCAAGUUCGUACAGUCGUUGAGUCAAUGAUCAAAAGGAUAUGGAAAGAAGUCGAAAAUGUGGAACUCCCACAUCAAUUCCAAGUGAUGACAUAUCGUGAAGCCAUGUCGCGUUUUGGUUCUGAUAAACCGGAUACGCGUUUCGGUCUCCAUAUCACUGACAUUACUCGAGAGCUUCCUGCUGAACGGCAAAACACUUUCCACCAAAGCAAUGAAAUCCUGGAGUGUUUUGUCGUCAGCCAAUCGCAUUCACCGGAAUUUGUAGAAGCCUCUCGCAACUGUGAACGCGAUCCUGCUGCAGAACUUAUCAUUGUCACCGAGCAGAAUCAUUCGGAUUGGCCUCUGCGAAGCAACAUAUUGGAUAGCUCAUCUCCAGCCAAAGGAGAUAUUGAAUUCACGAAUGUUAAUAGGAAACUCAAACUCAAACCUGGUGAUACUGUAUGGUUGGCUAAGCGAUCCAAGAUGUCGAAGGGCGGAUCGACAGCGCUCGGGCGACAACGCCUUCAACUUCUCGAGUAUGCGCUUGCCAAGGGUCAUAUUACUCUCCCAGAAAAACCUCAUUUCCUAUGGAUAACGGAAUUUCCUCUCUUCACUCGCUCGGACGACGAUAAAGAAGUAUUCGCAAAAGGACGCUGGACCAGUACACACCAUCCUUUUACCGCUCCCCUGUGGCAAGACGUCGCAGCUCUUUAUGGAGGAGAGGUAGAGGCUGUCCGAGGUCAGCAUUAUGAUCUCGUGCUAAACGGAGUCGAAAUAGGAGGGGGUUCUGUGCGGGUACACGAUGCCAACAUGCAGAAUCAUAUCUUUACCAACAUUCUUCAGUUGAACGAACAAGAGAAAGCGCCAUUUGAACAGUUAUUACAUGCACUUCGUUGCGGUGCCCCGCCCCACGGGGGAAUAGCCCUAGGCUUUGACAGGCUCAUGUCAAUACUCUGUAAAACUGCAUCUAUUCGCGACGUCAUCGCCUUUCCCAAGACUAGCGUCGGGACCGAUUUGCUAUUCAAGAGUCCUGCAGGAGUCGCCGCCGAUGUAUUGAAACAGUACGGUAUUAAACCUCGAUGA